AUGUUUUGUCGGAGUCUUCAGCGAUACUUUGUAUCUCCAACCCGAGUGCGGCCUUGGGUACCGCGAAGGCCGCCAGGCAGGGCGCCGGCCUAUUCCGGCCAAAGUUUCUCUCAAAACUCCCUUCCUGGGGCUCCUGACCCUACCGACCAAGCGGACCAAGAGGACCAGGGAGGCGGAAAGGGCCAGGCCAAUAAUGACCAGGAUCCUAACUUCAGAUCAACAAUUCUGAAGAUGAUGGAGUCGGCAGCCACCACUUUUGCGUCAAUUGCUGUUCUAGGCAUUGCUGGAUUCUCGUAUCAUAAAUACUACAAGUAUCUCAUUUUACAGAAGAUGGAGAAUGCUUUCGAACCCGGAGAUCCCGCGCUAGAGGUGGCUGGCGUGGAGAGUGAAACCCGUCAAUACCACCACGACGAACAUUGGUUGGUGAGAAACGAACAGGAACUGAUUGACAAAAUCAUCGCUGGUGAAAUUCCGGGACAUUACUAUCUUCUGGUCGGCGAGAAGGGCACCGGAAAGACGUCUAUGCUUCUGGAGGCCAUGCGCAAGAUUAAUGGAGAUGGGUGUUCGAUUUUCGAUGCCCACGGUGAUCAGGAAAUCUUCCGGAUUCGACUUGGAAAAGCGCUUGACUUUGAGUUCCACGAGGAUUAUAUUGGCAGUCUUUUUAGCAUUAAAGGACCCAGGGAUACCACCGCGCUUUUGGACAUAGAGCGUGCCUUCAACAAGUUAGAGAAGGUCGCAUUGAACAGGAGGCGCCUGGGGAAAGCCCCGCUUGUAUUGAUCAUCAAUAGCGCGCAUAUGGUCAGGGACGAUUCAGACGGCCAAGACCUUCUCGAGAUGAUUCAGCAACGAGCCGAGCAGUGGGCAGCGAGCAAUCUUGUUACGACCGUCUUCAACAGUGAUGACUACUGGGUCUAUGAGAGGCUGAAGCGAUACGCAACAAGAAUGGAAACCAUCCCAGUUGUGGAUCUCUCUAGGGGCAAAGCAGUGGCUGCGUUGAGGAAAUAUCGCAAAGAUUAUUGCAACGAGCACCUGUCGGACGAAGUUAUUGGGGAGAUAUACGAUAAAAUCGGGGGUCGCCUGUCCUACCUCAGCAGGGUCGCAAAGGCUCCGGACCCCAUACAUCUGUGCAACACUAUAUGCGAAGCAGAAAAGACAUGGUUCCUUAACAAAUGCUGGAUCCUUGGUGAGGAGAUGGAUGACGACGUCAUGGACCAGCAGAAGUAUGCUUCCGCGGCUAUGGUGAUGGCCAAGGCGCUGGUGGAUAAGGAAAAGGACAUGGAAAAAACAUACGACGAGGAGAAUGGCCAUAUACUUCCGGAAAUAUCACUCCACGAAGCACGACAGAUUAUGACUCGGGCCGACUUUAUCCAGAGUUACGACCACGAGAAUAUCUUCACCAUCAACUGGCGCGCCAUGGUUCGAGCCGAUUCGGUACCCAUGCAGCGCGCAUUCCGUGAAGUUUGCGCCGAGCCCGGAUUUGAUGAGUUCCUGGAAGCCACGUUGGACCGAAUCAGCGACAUUGAGAGCUUGGGACGUACCCGAGAACUUACCAUCAAGGAUCUCUGGAAUCAAGGGAAAUACCAGGUAGCGAUGCGGGAUGCCAAGGGUCGUGAGCAGGGGACUAUUGAAUUCUUCACCAAACCAGAAGAGAAAGAGGGAGAGGACGAAUGA